AAGUACGCUAUAUUCUUCCGGGUCAAAUUGACGUCACAACUCACAACACAAAGCUAGUUUGCUAAAACCUGAUACUGGCUUGUGUCAUGUCAAAAGGUUCAUUUUCAUUACUUAAAUAAUCAUUUUUUAUUUUUGAAAAUGUCUGGCUUACCACCCGGAGACCCGCAGCUGGUCUCAAUGAUCGUCAACCAUCUAAAAACUCAGGGUCUGUUUGACCAGUUUAGGAGGGAAUGUCUGGCAGACGUUGAUACAAAGCCUGCUUAUUUGAACCUGAAACAGCGAGUUGACAAUUUUGUCUCUAACCACCUCUCCAACCACACAUGGAGCCCUCAUUUGAACAAGAACCAGCUGAGGAACAACAUCCGACAGCUGGUCCUGCAAUCUGGCAUGCUGGAGCAGGGGGUCGACAGGAUCGUGGCCCAGGUCGUGGACCCCAAAAUCAACCACAUCUUUAGACCGCAGGUGGAGAGGGUGGUCCGUGAGUUUCUGUCACCGGGCAGCUGCUCCGAGGAGCCAACCACCCCUUUGCCUCCAGCAGAUCUCAAGACUGACAGUGGCGUCCUUGAGCAGGCCUCAUCUUCAACUCCAGUUGCGUCCACCACUAGUGAUGCUAUGUCCAUCCUGGAUACCAUAAGCUCUCUCAACCAGGAGGCCAGCGUGAGGUCCAGCUCAGCAGUAGAUAAAAGCCGUAGAAGCCUAGCUUUGGACGACGCGGCUCUGCUGGUCGACGAGAACGGCCAGGAUGUCGGCGUUGAAGACGGGGAGGAAAACCAAGACAGAAAACCGCCGGAGGAGCCGCAGGAAAUGAUGGAAGUCUCAACAUCGGAUGUGAAAGUAGAGGAGACGGGGGAGUAUACGGAGCCUGGAAGAGAGGGGUUAGCGGAGGAAGUUAAAGUAGAAGAGGAGGCGGGUGGAGCACUGGAGCAGACGGAGGAGGAGAAACCUACAAGUAAAACUAGCGGCAAACCCUCAGAGGAGAAACCCGAUGAUGAGGUGUUAAAAUCUAAAAACCAAGCCAAGCAAAAAGCCAAAGAAAGAAUCAAAGAGGAAUAUUCUCUGGAGGACUCUGACCUGGAAGGACUGAGCGACAUCACUGUGAGCUCUGUCCACACCAGCGACCUGUCGUCUUUUGAGGAGGAGAGUGACGAGGAGGAGCAGCCGUCUGAUUCUUCAGAGGAGGGAGAACUUUCCCCCGAUGAUGACGGCAAAAAAACAGAGAAGAAACACACAGGCGAGGAGCAAGGAGAAGAGGACAAAGAGCGCAAACCUUGCCGGAAGGCUUACGUUCACAAGCCCUUCCUGUACUCGCGUUACUACAGCGACUCGGACGAUGAGGUCACUGUGGAGGAGCGCCGCCGAUCAGUGGCGAAGGACAAAGAAGAACGGCUGCUGAAGAGGCAGCAGAACAGAGAGCGGAUGGAGGAGAAGCUGAAGCAGAAGGCAGCACAGGCUGAACAACAAGAUAGCAAAAAGCUAAAGAGUGCUGACUCAGCGGGGCUGGAGGGCCCCAAAGCCAAGGAGGCCCGUAAAGAAAGGAAGGUCCUUGAGAAAAAGAUGGCUCUCAACCGGAAGAGGAAGCUGGACUCCAGGAAAGAAGGAGAUGUUUCAAGCAAGAAGAAGGGAGAAACAGGAGACAUGUCCAAGAGAGCGGAAAUCAAACCGUUGACACUGAAGACACCACAGCCUAAAUUAUCAAGAAACCUGUCGGAAUCAGCAGCGAGCGAUGAGAGGCACAGACGAACCACCAUUUCUGAAGAGUCCAAUGACACAAAGAAGGCGACGGAGAAAGCCGUCACACACGCCUUUAUUCUGGAGCUGGAACAAGGCUCCCAGGAGGCCCUGAAGCAGCGCUCGUUUGGGAAAUUCGACCGUCCGUCUCGCAAAGAGCUUCAUCCGAAGGAACGCAAAGACAAGGAGCAGCGCAGCCUGUCUGACGAUCGCGUCAAGCUUAAACAGAAGCAGGAGAAGAGAUCUGAACAGCAGGUGGAUGAAUUUCAGCACAAGGAAGGCGCUGCUGCUAAAGGCUCGUCUGAAGAGAAGGCUGAAAAGAAACUCAAGACCAAAAGUGAGAAAAAAACGGCUGCAAAUACAAAAGAUGGGAAGGUGGCUGAAGCUGUGGUUGAGGAUAUAACCUCUAAAGAAGCCAAGAAGUCCAAAGGAUCUGCGGAGAAAGACAAGGAAAAACGAGAAAAAGAUAAGAUCAAAGAAAAGGAAAAAGCCAAAGGAGAGAAAUCUUUGGUGAAAGCUGAGUUUAAGCAGCUGCUUUGUCCAGAUUCUGCAGGCUCCUCUGAGGAUCGCUCCGACUUGGAGACGGGUCCAGACGGCACCAAAAAGAAAGACAAGCACUCCAAGGAAGUGUUGAAAAAGUCAAAGAGCCACACCGAAUCUAAACUGAAAACAGAGAGCGAGAAGGAAAAGACUAAACUCGAUCAAGACGGCCAGAAGUCACACAAGCCGAGCUCUGAUCCCGACAAAGAAAAAAAGGUUAAGGCUGCAGAAAAAGGAAAGAUCCUGGAAAAAUCAAAGACUAAAUCUAAAGAAGAGGCUAAAGCUCAAGUCGCUCCUAAAACAGACAAGAAAACUCCAUGUCUAGAUGUUAAAAACGCAGGACUUCCAUCUGUGAGCAAACCAGAAGCAAAAAAAGACAAGAAAAAAGACGUGAAAGAUCAGCUGAAAGCCUCAGAAGAAGCUCCAAGCGAUAAAUCCGGCCUGAAGGCUGGAAAGAAAAAGAUGGUGAAGAAGGACGUUACAGAGAGGAAAGAUGAAGAAAAGGUGCAGCCCCCUGAGAAGUCUGACAAAUCCUCCAAGGUUUCUGCUUUGACCUCUGUGGCAGACGAUCCUCCACAGAUUCUUCUUCAAGACACAGAGUCCAUCACCUCUGCGGGGAGCACGCAGCUUUCUGAGCCGCCCGAGGACCACGCAGAGUCACGCCUCGAGAUGUCACGCCUGCCGGCCGAGGCCGACGCCCUCCUGACGCUCAUGGACGUCUGCGCCUCCGCGGAGGCCAGACUCCCAUCCUACAGCAGGAAGGAGGAGGAGGCGGUACCGGAGGCGGAGCUUCAAGAUGCCGACAUGAAGAUGAAAGAGGCGGCGCUGACGCUGCUGUCCAUGGACCCCGACAGCACGCUGACCUCCACGCUGAUUUGCCAGGACGCCGCGAGGGAAGAGGAAGAACCGGCGAGUCCGCUGGAAGCUCCUGCAGCUGAAGAAGAGCCACUUCCUGCUCCCGAAACCCACCUGACCAUUCCCGAAGCGUCAACCGCUGCUCUGCAAACUGAGAGUGGUGCUGAGGAAAACACAAACGCCACAGACGAGCAUGAAAACUCCGAGAGGCAAACGGAGGCAGCCGGGCCUGACCCGUCACUCACGGACGCUGCACAGGAGAAUGCUGAUAUUCCAACGUCUUCCAAUCAGAAACAGCCAGAAGAUGUUGAAGUUCCUGCCGAAUCCCAGCCGGAUGACAAGGAACCAGGUGAUGAAGAAAGCAUCUUAGUGGCAGACGUUGCCUCAGAAGAGAUCACGUCUAGCACCGGAUCAGAGACGCUGGAUGUUGUUCCAAAAGACACAGAGAACGUUUGUGAAACUGGCAGUGAGUCAGAUCAAAAAGAGGCCGACGGUGCCGUUACAGAGCCAAACCUGACAACGAGAAUGGAGGCAGAAGAUGAUCAGAACCAGAGAGAGAUGGAUGCAGGCGAUGUGGACGCUCAGAGGGAAGGAGAAGAGGAUGAACGUGGAGCAGAGGAGAGUGACCUGCUGACAAUGGAAGCAGAUUUUUCUGAAAGGACAGACACUGUUGCAGCACCUGAACCAGAGUUCCCACAAGACAAAGAAAACAGUGAAGUCUCAGUUGAAGACAUCCAGGAAGAGGAAAGCAGCUCCGACCGGGCAGCAGAGGAGACGCCAAGUCAACUAAAACCGUCUGAACAGGAAGACACACCAAAUGAGGAAUCUGCAGACGGACAUGAUGAAAAUGAGACUGAGGAGCUGCAACCUUCUGCAGAAACUGAGGAAGAGAAAGGUGUGGUGGAAGUCCAAACACCUCCUAGUGAAGGGAUAUCUAAGCCUGUACAGGAGGAGGAGAGUGACCAAUCAGAGGAGCUGGAGAAGCCAAAGGACUCUCCGAGUUCCUCAGACAUUCCUGUGACCUCAUCAACAGUAGACGAUCUGACGACAGAUGGAGGUAGAACUGAGGACGGCUUUGAAGAGACGCAAGCAGCAGAAGAAGAAGAGAUACCUGAAGACGAAACUGAGCCGGAGAGAAGUGGAGCCGAGGUCGGGCCAUUGUCUUCUGGUUCUGAGGACCAUGAAAGAGCAGAAAAAGUAGAGUCCACAGAGACAACAGAGAUCUGUCAGUCAACCAGGAAGAGAAAAAUGUCAGAGGAAACUGAGGAAUCGGCUCAGGAAUCUCAGGCUGAAAAGGAGGUGAAGGAGCUCAGUGCUGAGGGAGGAGGAGAUAGUGAUCAUCCUUCAUCUGUGAGCUGCUCAGAUGAUGUAAAACCGGAGAGUGGUGCUGAGAAGAAGCCAUAUGAGGGUCAGGAGAAGCACCAAGACGACCACGAGACACCUCCAAAAAGACGCAGAGGACGUCCGCCUAAAGCUGCGCCUGUAGAAGAGUCUGAUCCAAAGAAAACAUCUGAGAAAGAAAGUGAACAAGUUGAUGAAGAAGAAGAAGAGGACAGUGAGAAAGACGACGAGGAAAGAGGAAGUGCAACCAGGGCUACGACUCGCCUGGCGUCCCGCUUGGAGGCGGAAAGAAACAAGCCGAGUAAACCGUCAACACGGGCGAGUCGGCAGGGCGGCAAAGAGGAGGCAGCGGCCGGUUCACGGGGGACGAGGGGCCCGGCGGCGGCGAGGGGGGGCCGCAAACGGGAGGCCAGCCCUCCUGCUGCGCGAACGCGGGGAGGACAGAAAUCAGAGGAGCCCGCUUCCAAGAGAGCCAAGCGCUGAGACCUGUGGGAGCAGUGGAAGGUUCAGCUCGUGCCGUGUUGUUUUUACGCUCCAUAUUUAAAGAUGUACAGUUAAGCUGUUUGUGCUCCGCUGACCGCUGAUGUUGAAGGUUCUGGAUAGCAUUAGACGCUCCUCUCUGAGUGCUAACCUGAGGAUCUGUGGGAGAACCCCCCCUCCCUCAGAAAACUGCUCUGCACCCAUAUGGUUUGCAUCAGACUCCAUCCAUUCCGUGGUUUGUUCGCCGAUGCCAAGCGAACCGGAGCGGCUCCGGCCAAUCACAGGCCUAAUGUGCCGCCGAGUCCAGCUCCCAGAUAAAGAGCUGGAAUCCAGCGUCUGUCAGGGGGAACCAGACGAGCAGCAGCUGUCAGAGGAGCCCGUUAAUGCUUCACCUUCAUUCUGUGAAUGAAGCGGCAGGUUUUCACACGCCGCUCGCUCUUCUUCCUCCUCAGCGGGAUUUUUCAGGGACGAGAUCUGCCUGACAGAACGUUUUAUACCUUCACUCUGCAUUCCUCUGGGCAGCUCUGAAUCCUCAGUUUGUAGAUUGUAUUCUCUGUAUGAACACUUUAUUGAUUUUGUUCUCAAAUGUAAAGAACGUAAGUUUUUUUUUUUAAUUAAAAAUGUUGUUUUUUUAAGUAAAACCCACCAUCUUUCUUUAUAUUCUCUGCAGUUAUUUAUAGAGGCAUCUUGUGUUUGAGGUCAAAGAAAAUCUUUCUUUUCUUUGUCUGGAUGUGCUAAAAUAAUUCAAAAAAGGAGACAAUAAAAAUGAAAAAUUGAGCUUCCAUUAGCAUAUUUAGGGGGUUUAAUUGCUCCACAUGAGUCAUCUUCAUCCUGAAGGGAACGCCCGUCGCCGUUUUUCUACUGGUUGUUAAGUUUUAGCUCCUCAAAGGUGCACCUCGCUCGCUCAGGUAUUUCCUGGUGUUCAGGCGCUCCGUCCAGCAGCGCUCAUUAACGGACUGGAUCGGCUCUCUGGCAGACGCACGGCCCGCUUUUUCACUCACAGCUUCCGUUAGAUCGUAUUUUUUGAAAUGAUUGUAGUCCAAAAUAAUUUCAGAAGCAAGUUUUCUGCCACUAAAUAAUUCUGAAUAUUUAAGGCUCAUUAGGCAGAUUUAUGGGCAGCUGGCUUUAUGGAGCGCCUCCUGCCAGGACCUCACAUCGAGAGGCGGCAGCGGCUCGGGAUCCAGGCCCUGCAGAAACUGUGAGCUGCUGUCAGAGGAGCUGACUCCAGCGCGUCUUUGUUCCUGCGCUGCAGCAGAAACACCGUGUUUGAAAGGAGCUUCUGUUUUUGAGCAUCACUCCAGCCUUCUGCUUGAAGAAACCACACAAAAUGAGACACGAGGGGAUCUCCCUUCAAACUAGACCAGCGUUUUCUGACAGAUCAUUAUUUUACGAAUCAUAGUUUAUGUGUUUAUUCUCUGUAAUAAACAAUAGUCUGCAAAUUUACCUGUUAUUUCACAUAUUUUUUUUUUGCAGUUUUCUACACUUUAUGUCAAACAAAACACAACAACAGCCAAUAUUAAGAUUGUAAAAAAAAAAGGAUUUCAACCUUUAAUUAAACAGCUAUAGUUAUUAUUUUUUAAAUUUUAUUAACAUUUAGUGUAAAUCAGUGGCCAUUCCAUGCAAAAAUUACAAAAAUUAAUGCAAACAUAAAACUUUUUUUUCUUCAGGUACCUGUAAAUACAGUAAAAUAAAAAAAACAAAAUAUAAAUAUUUCAAUAUAUGUUUGAACUGGGAGCCAUUUUUUCCCUGAAUAAGUCACUUUUCAUUUGAAUUCUGCUGUGAUUUCUUCCAUAUUGUCUACAUUUUUUUAAAAAUAGUUUCAUAUAGUAGGCAUUGGUUUGAACCUCUGAUCUCACACACUCAAGCGCUCAAAAAUCACGACAAUAAAAUGUUCUUAAGGAUUUUUGUUUCCUAAUUUAUACCUUUUGAAUAAGAAAAAAAAUGAAAAUA